CGAAAAUCAUUGUGUCUUUUUUUAAGUUUUCAACAUCAGUUUUGUUACGCGGUAAAUAAGAAAGCAAGGAAUCGUAAGAAAGCGUUAAUGUUGUCAUCAAAGCAGCCUUGCCCAGUUUACAGAUAGUGAUAUUGGCGGGAAAAUUUCACACUCAAAUGGAUUGAUGAUGAUUCAUUGACUUCCAUGACUAAUCACUGGCCUACACUGUAGAGAGUAUCAUGUGCGGGCGGACUGCAUGCACCUUGGCUCCAGACGAUAUUUGCAGAUCCUGUUCCUACAGAAGUCACACAGGGGAUAAGGAGGAACCAAAAUGGAGAGAUCCCCCCAGGGGACAGAAAUACUAUCCCUGCCACAAUAUCGCACCAAGUGCCUACACUCCUGUAAUUAUCUCCAGUCACCAUAAGUUUGGGUUUGAAGAAGAGAGCAUCCCAACAGAGCGUGUCAUUCAGCCCAUGCAGUGGGGACUGGUCCCUUCCUGGCACAAGGGCUCCCCUAAAAAAGUCAGCUACGAAACCAAUAACUGUCGGUCAGAGAGCAUGCUGGAAAAACCCACCUACAAGGUUCCUUUACAGAAAGGUCGCCGUUGUGUGGUGGUGGCAGACGGGUUUUUUGAGUGGAAGAGGGAUCAAGCCAAAAAACAGCCAUACUUUAUAUAUUUUCCUGACAAUAAUACACCAAGAGAAGGUAAUACUAAUCUUGCCAAAGUGAAGAAAGAGGAGGCAGAGGAAAAUGAAACUGUAGUUAAACAUGAGUUAGGCACAACAGGAGACAUGAAAGAAGAAGAGAUUAAAGAAGAGAAAGUGAAACUAAAACAGGAAAUAGGAACGGAAGAGGACAGGUCAGGAACAGGUGCUCCCAGGACCGAGUCUGUAAAACAAGACAAUGAUAAAGAAGAGAAAGUGAAAGUAAAGCAGGAAAUAAAAACGGAGGAGGGCAGGUCAGGAACAGAUGCUGUGAAGACUGAGUCUGUAAAAUCAGAAACAAAUGGCUGUGAUAGAGAAAACAAAAUAAAAGAAGAAGGGAUGACCAAGAGACUUAUGACAAUGGCUGGUGUAUUUGAUGUGUGGAAACCCAGUGAUGGUUCCCCUCCAGUCCUGUCCUACAGUGUCAUCACUGUGGAAUCGUCCCCCGCCAUGAUGAAAGUUCACCACAGAAUGCCAGCUCUCCUACUUAAUGACAAGGAAGUACAAGAAUGGCUGGACUAUGAAAACAUUCCACUGGAAAAGGCCAUUAAGCACAUACGGGCCACUGAAGAGAUCCAGAAGCACCCUGUGUCUGAUACCGUGAACAAUGCCAGAAACAAGAGUCCAGACUGUACGAAACCCAUAGAUCCCACGAAACCAAAGACGACCCCCAGCAGUAACCUGAUGAUGAAGUGGCUGUCUAAGGGUAAACGAGAGAAGUCCGGGGAUCAACCGCCAGCAAAACGGGUCAAAACCGAGACAGACUAACACAGAGAAAACAGAGACAGUAUAAGGCAUCAAACAGGUCAAAAUGGAAACAAAUUAACAAACCACCAUCAAACUGGUCAAAACUGGGUUAAACCCUAAAGCAGAGAGAAUAGAGACAGUGUUGGGCAUUAAUCAGCCUGAAAAGAGGAACAACAAACAAAAAAUGUACAAAAUAAGACUAAGACACACAUUAAGAUGGUUUUACAAAUAUUGUAAAUACACAUGUAUAUCUCUAAAGUGUCUUUAACAGGACAAAUAAGUGCAUACAUGUAUGUCAAUCGUGUGAAGCUUAACUUGUAUAGAAUUAUACAUUGUAUCUCAUAACUAAACAAUGCAGCUUUUUGUACUAGGUGCCACAUAUUCUCUAAAUGUUUACAUAUCGUACAUGAGUGUUUCAUAAUGAAAUAUUCAUACAUUUACGAGUAAGUACAUUGUGGAUAGUUUAUAGUUAUACCCCUGUAGUUUAAAAGCAGUACUUUGACUAAUUGUUUUAACAUUAAUUAUCUUGCUUAAUAAAGCAUUGUAUGGACAGAGAAGUCAGAAAGACUCACAGUUGUUUCCAGAUAAUGUACCAAUUGUUGAUGCAGCUAGGUUGUACCUGUUGUUUGAAACAUACUGUUGCAAAGAUCAUAUGUUUUUGUUUAUCGUUUAUUUUUUCCCCAUGAAAACUUUUUUUACAAAGUGGACAAAUGUAGUCCUAUAGCUAUUUCUAAGUCUUCAUAAUAAAUCAACUAUUUCCUAUGUUUUGCUUAUCUUGUGUAAAUUUGAACUUAUUCGAAUUCCAUAUUACUUUUAUAGUAAACAGUGAAAAGGAAUAGAUGUGUUCAACUCAUGGCCCUUGGGGAAUGGGG